AUGGAAUUUGAUGCACGACGACAAAUACAAAAAACUCUGGCUCUGAUAAAACCUGAAGCAGUUGCAAAGGGAUAUGAAGAGGAAAUAAUGGAACGGAUUGUUGAUGAGGGAUUUACAAUUGUGAGGUGGGACAAAAUGCAUUUACCAGAGGAAAAGGUCCAAAUGUUUUACCGAGAGCAUGAAGGAAAGGAGUUCUUUCCGAAAUUAGUGGAAUAUAUUUCGAGUGGACCAUUGAUAGUACUAGUUUUGGCAAAAUACAAUGCUGUUCAGGCAUGGCGAGAAUUGAUCGGACCAACAGAUGUUGAAUUAGCAAAAAUUUCAAACCCACGAUGUUUGAGAGCAUUGUAUGGAACAAACAAAACUUAUAAUGCUUGUCACGGUAGUUCUGACCCAGAGAGUGCUCGACGAGAAAUUAAAUUCUUCUAUCCCAACAUAAAUACUGAUCCAAUUCUGACAAAUGUUGAAGGAAACACGUACAUUCAAGACCGUCUUCAAUCCUAUCUCAUUGAAGGAUUAACGAAAUUAGCCAAAGAGAAACCUGAAAAUCCAAUUGACUGGCUUGCUCGAUGGAUCCUUGACAACAACCCAAACAAACCUAUGGUCGAAACAGUUGAAGAAUAA